AUGGAAUCCGUCAAAGAAUGUGCGGCUUGUUUGAGUAACUCAAAGGAUGUUCCUGUCCUGCUCUGUUCACGCUGUGCUGCAAAUUAUCAUCUCUUGUGCAUGAACAUUAGUUCGAAAGAUUACAAAAAGAUGUCGCAGGAAGACAAAUCAAACUGGAUUUGCGUACAGUGCCGCUGCAAGGAACGUAAAGGCGACAACACAAACACUCCAGUUCGUAGUAACCCGCCGCCGUCACCGAAGCCUGAUUACGUUACAAAGCGCGGCAAGACACGCACUACCGGUACAAACUGUUCUUGUCUGUCGGCUAGUAGCAUUCGAGACAUCAUCCGCGAAGAGUUGCAACAGUUAUUCAACCACCAGAUUCACCCGCACCUUUUAGAGGUCCAAAACGCAGUGUCCUCCCUCGAAGCAUCUAUGGCUCAUUUUAACGAGGAACUUGAAAAAAAUCAAGGCUAA